UAACUCCUUCAUCCAAAUUGACACCCGGGGCUCUGAGAAAUAUAGACAGCAUCCCUUCCAGCUCAUGCGUUCAGUCCCACAGCUGCCCCGUAAGAUACCGAGCCGCAGCUGCGCCGAUCACUGAUCCAAGGUGAACCUUCACGCACACACACUGCCGGAUCUUUGCUGGGAAUAGAGAAGCGCGCUGUUGGGGAGACGCAAUGUUGGUCAAACUGGCCGUGGCGCUGCUGGUUUUGUCAGUGCUGGAGCAAGUAGUGGUGUCGGAUAAUAUUGAUAUUCACGACAGUCCCCCGGAGAAGCCUGCGAGCCAGAAAGGACGCCUCUCCCUGCAGAACACAGCUGAGAUCCAGCACUGCCUGGUGAGUGCAGGGGAUGUCGGCUGUGGUGUGUUUGAGUGCUUUGAGAACAACUCCUGCGAGAUACGAGGGCUACAGGAAAUCUGCAUGACGUUCCUGCACAACGCUGGCAAAUUUGACUCUCAGGGGAAGUCCUUCAUCAAGGAUGCUUUGAAAUGUAUGGCGCACGGUUUACGGCACAAGUUCAGCUGCAUCAGCAGAAAGUGUGUGUCCAUUAAGGAGAUGGUGUUCCAGCUCCAGAGAGAAUGCUACAUCAAACACAACCUGUGCUCUGCUGCUAAAGAGAACGUAGCUGUCAUGGUGGAGAUGAUCCACUUCCAAGACCUGUUCCCUAAAGGUCCAUACGUGGAGCUGGUGAAUAUCCUCCUGAGCUGUGGAGAGGAGGUGAAGGAGGCCCUGACCAGGAGCGUCCGGCUGCAGUGCGAGCAGAACUGGGGGGCUCUGUGCGACAGCCUGAGCCUCUGCUCUUCGCUCGCCCCGUCUCCCGCCAGCUCCGCUGUCGAACACCACCGCCACACCUUGCCUUCCCAUCCUGAGCCGGAACACCCUCGCCCUCCACGGCAAGGCGACAAAGACAAAGCUGGUAAGCUGGGCUUCAACGGCCACCAACGCAACCGCAGUCAGGGACCCCGGCGCCACGGUCCAGAAGUCGGAGUGGUGGCCGAGCAGGAAGACCCUAAGGCCACCGACAUCCGGAGGUGAAAGCUCAGGAGAUGCUACUGACCUUUGACCCCUUACACCAUUUAAAAGCCACAUUUGCAGACUUAUGCACACCUCUACACGAUAACACAUCCUCACACACAGACACACAUUUGUCCACACAAAUUCUCAGACAGACCGAACAGAGGGAAACAAGCCCCGACCUUUCCUGUCCUUAUUCCACCCUCUCCAGUCAUUCCAGCAGCCCCACAUGGUAAACUUGCAGGGUAAUUGUGGUGUAGCUUGUACUGUUAUGCCAGACUGUAGGCCACAAUUUUUAUUUUUUAAAUUGAAUAACAAUUGUUAUUAUCAUGAUUAUUUCAACUGUUAGGACAAUUUUGGCUCUAAUAUAGCAUUUCUCAAAUCAUACUUACUGUAAGAUUUGAUUAUAUUUGUAUUAUUUAUUUUAUUCUUUAUGCAAUGUUGAAAUAUCAAAGUGUACAUAGAAAUAUACUUAUCUAUAUUUAUAUAAACAUGUAUAAAUAUAGUUACAAUAUGCAAUACUGGUAUACUAUAGAUGACAUAGUAUAUGGUGUGCCGUUUGUUGUUCUCUUCACAGUAUUGCACCCAUCAUACAUUGGUCUGUAGAUAUGUAACAUACGCCAUUUGCUGUUUCAAAGUGGGAAUAUGUAUUAUAACUAUAGAUACUUGAUGAUUAAAUACAAAUUGUACAGGUUUUAAGUCCAGUUCUGGCACAUAUGAAUUUUAGUGCAUGAUGGCCAUAAAGCCAACAAACUUGUGCAUUCUUAAAGUGAAAAUCCACUCUAAAGAGGAUGCAAAUGUAAUACUAUGAAUAUGAACACACACUCGUAUGUAUUGAUAAGUCUCUUGCAAAGCUAGAAAAAGGAGAGCCAAGACUGAUCUUUGAUGUCAUCCAGCACUGCUGUCUGGGCGGCGGUGAAUGGAAACGAGCAUAGCAGACACAGUUAUACAGACUCCAUAUAUUUCAUACGUUUUAGUUAUACUCAGACAUGUGUCUUAUUUUAAUGCAAAAAAAAGUAUCACAUCACUCUCAAUGUUUAUAGAGCUUCAGAAACUGUGUCUCAGAGACAUUACAGACCAAUGUCGUGUGUAGCUUCAGGAGACAUUGCUCUUGUUCACAGAUAGCAACUGAAUUGUCAAAUGUAAUGCAUUCUCUUUGUUUUCCAUCUAGCCAUCAGUGAAGUGCAGCAAUCAGAGAGGAUGUUGAAUAUCAAAUGUAAAAAAUCACAAACAUCAAGGUGCCUAAACUUGUUAAAUGUUCACAGUGACCGCUUCUCUGUGAUUUAAGUGAAUGGAUGAUACUGUGUCACGGCGAGAUUUGAUGUUGACCUAUUUUGCGAUGGUGUUGAGCCACAAAAGUCUUAGAUUUUGCACUUUGGAUGAUUGUCAGUUUGUGUUCGACUGCUGCAUCUUGAGAAAUAAGACCACAUUAGCAAAGUAGUCACCCUUAAACUAGAGGCAACUUCAUAUUUCACAACUUGGUUUUCCUUAUCAAAGGCAAGUCCUGCAUCCCCACAUGCUCCUUUGGACCAGAUUGAGCCCCUUCUUUAGGGGAGCCAUGCUACUUUUUCUCCCUCUCUGUCCCAGGAGGCAGGAAAGAGGCUUGACAGAAACCCUCCAGAUCUCUGGCCCCUCUAAAUUAGCCCUUAUUCCUCUCUGGUCCCUUCCCUAGGCCAGACAUGAAGCCUGUUAUUCUACCCGUUGGAGCCGCAGGCAACACAGCGAGGACCCAGGAACUGGGUUAAGUCCACACACGGGGGCUCUGGCGCUGUUAUUCUAAAUGUUAUAUUUACCGAGGCCACUAGAGAAUUCCUCUGGGCCGCAGCCAAGAGCCAGCAACUAGCAGAGAGGAGUGGAGCAAGAAGAAGAGAGACGUGCUCAACGUCUUCUUUUAUUUUUUUUGAAUGUGAUGAUUCACUCUGUCUUUACUUCUCUGUUCUCUUCUUCUUCUCUUCCUCCUUCAGUUCACAGACAGGCUUUUGACCAUUUCAGGCCAGUCACAUGCUUCAGUUGUGGAAGUGCAGUUUAUGAGCACCACAAGCUGAGGAGUGCUCGGUGCAAAAUGAAUAUGAAACAUGCUCAGAUUUUGUGGCUCAAUUAAGGGUUUUCACGUUAUUAUGUUUUUUUCUGGUAUACUUACAGUAAGGUACAGUUGUUCCUCCCAGUCAUUUAGAGACUAUUGUAAGUGAGACUUUCAGGCUUUUAUUUUAUUUUUUAUUCUGUUGUGGAAGUUGGGAUUCCUGUGACAUCCCAGCACAAGACAUAAGCUAAUCCUAUUGAGAAUGUACUGUAUGUGUGUAAAGUGACAAUCUGUUAAGCUCUCUGUCAUUAGGUUUGAUAUGGCUUUUUGUAAUAAUGUAGUUGCUUGAAUGGCUUUUCUGUAUGUGUUCACAGGAAAAUAAAACUAACCGUGUUUCCUGUAUUGUUAGAGCUCCAUCACCACAUUACUUGUUUUCUUCUGUUAAGCACAAGGACUCCACUGCUUCAAAAAUACAGAACAUCGUCUAGAAGUUUGUAACUCACUUGUAAGACAUCAGGCAUAUUGACUCCAUCAGUAUCUUUGGACUCCUGAAGUCAGAUGUAUCUUGUUAUCAUUAAAGUAUUUUUGUCUCUAUUUUGUA